AUGCUUCGUGUGGAGCAUGAAUGUCAAGUCGAGCCCGAGCCUGAAGAUAUACUCUUCCCUCCCGAUCGCAAUUUCUUCCGAAGAACGUUUGACGCGUCCCGCUCUUUGCUGAUGGUGUCGGAAAAAAAUCCAGGUGCCCGCAAGUAUUUGCGCAGCCGCGCUUCCGUAAUCUCGGAAAAGCGACAGCAUUUGCGUAACUACAAACACAUUCUUCACCCAUUCAGCGCCUUUAGAUUUUCCUGGGAUAUCCUGAUGAUUUUAGCGGUAACAUGCUUAUUGUUGACUGUCCCGUAUCAAGCUGCCUUCGAAAUAAGGAAACGUUUGUCACAUUGGACGAUUUGCAAAAAUGUCUUACUUUGCCUUUGCUGCAUGGACAUACUCGUUAACUUUAUGACAGGAUAUUUUGACAAGAUGGAUCAGGUUGUCGUGAUGAAACCGAAAAAAAUAAUGAAGAGAUACAUAAGAUACGGCACUUUUUUGCCAGAUUUGUUGGGCUCCUUUCCAACUGAUAUCGCGUUUGUUAGCGCAUGGCGGAAGGAUACAGUCACGCGCGAAUUAGUAUCUCUGAUGUGCGGCUUCCGCGUAUUCUCCCUCAAUUCUUACGUGACAAAGAUUGCUCAGGCGUACGAUGUUCCAGUAGCCCUCUAUGAAGUUUGCGUAAUGCCACUUUGGCUAAUGAUAGCGUUCCAGUGGCAGUCUUGCCUGUACUGGCUAGUGCCAAUAGCGACGACGUCCAUGCAGCUACCAGAGCGACCGAGCAACGACUCCUGGAUACACGAAUUCAACCUUUGGGAAGAGUCGGGAGGUCUACGGUAUCUGUAUAGUCUCUUGCGUGCCGUUUCCGUCUUUCUAUCGUCGGGCUUCCUGCACAGAAAACCGAAAAACGAGGCGGACCUCACGCUGGUGAUCCUCUUACAGCUCUUAGGGAGCCUGACUAUCUUGCUCCUGAUCGCUCGCGUGAACCAACUCUACAAGAGCGCCAACAGCUCUAAAAUUAAGUAUCAAGACAUCAUGGCACAGGUCAAGCAGUACAUGAAGCACCGGCAACUACCGUACUCGACUCAGCGCCGUAUCGUAGCCUACUAUGAGUUUUGCUUUCAGCAUCGAUACUUCUGCGAGACUGAGAUCCUGAACACGCUGUCCCCGCAUAUACGCCAGGAGAUCGGUAUGCACGUCUGCCGCAAACUCGUGGAAAAUGUAACGUUUUUCAGCAACCUGCCCCUCUCGUUGCUGACGCGCAUCGUCGCGCUGCUAAAGUCCGAGAUAUUUUUAACGAACGACGUGAUUGUACGGGCCAACCAACCAGGUGACUGCAUGUACUUUAUCGCUACCGGUACGGUGGCUAUUUAUACGAGUUCCGGAAAGGAAGUAUGUCACUUGGAGGAUGGCGCGCACUUUGGGGAGAUCGCGCUGGUGAUGCCGGACGAGCGGAGAGUGGCCAGCGUCGUCGCUGUUGAGAUCUGCGAGCUGUAUCGCCUGGAUCGCGCGGAUUUUGCCAGAACGAUUCAUCCCUACCCUAUGCUGCGGGAGCAAAUCAAGAAAAUUGCUGUCGAGAGGCACGAGAGGACGACCAUACUGAAUAUGCAUUAAAUAUUGCAAAAGUAUUUUAUUUAAAAAAUAUCGCCGUUAUUACGGCGCAUUUAUUGGAAACGGUAAAAAAUCUUAUUUGUGUGCAACUUGGUUACGAUAUUAAAAGCAAUAUUGAUAUUGACGUCGUUUAACCAAUUAAAAAUAAUAUUUACGUAGCGACGCGUUAUGCGGGGAGCAAGCUAAAAAUUGCCUCCACAGUC